AUAUAUGACUAAAAUCUAAUGGUCUGCUUCUUACAUGCAAUGCAUGAUUCAGCCAGCCGGAAUACAAGUGUUGGUCGUUUAAGUUCACGUCGUCGAGGAGAGCAAAUUCUGCACAUGUACAAUAUGAAGAUAAAGUUGAUGAUGAGGAUACUAUUACUCUGCUUCCUCAGCUGCUUCUGGUUUCAGCUGUCCUUUGCUCGAAAGGCUACCACUGAUCCAUCUGAAGCCAGUCGGAAUACAAGUGUUGGUCGUUUAAGUUCACGCCGUCGAGGAGAGCAAGUUCUGCACAUGUACAAUAUGAAGAUAAAGUUGAUGAUGAGGAUACUAUUACUCUGCUUCCUCAGCUGCUUCUGGUUUCAGCUGUCCUUUGCUCAAAAUGGCACCACUGAUCCAUCUGAAGCCAGUCGGAAUACAAGUGUUGGUCGUUUAAGUUCACGCCGUCUUGGAGAGCAAGUUCUGCACAUGUACAAUAUGAAGAUAAAGUUAAUGAUGAGGAUACUAUUACUCUGCUUCCUCAGCUGCUUCUGGUUUCAGCUGUCCUUUGCUCAAAAUGCUACCACUGAUCCAUCUGAAGCCAGUCGGAAUACAAGUGUUGGUUGUUUAAGUUCACGCCGUCGAGGAGAGCAAGUUCUGCACAUGUACAAUAUGAAGAUAAAGUUGAUGAUGAGGAUACUAUUACUCUGCUUCCUCAGCUGCUUCUGGUUUCAGCUGUCCUUUGCUCAAAAUGCUACCACUGAUCCAUCUGAAGUGAGGGCGUUGAACUCAAUAUUUGAACAAUGGGACACACAAGCAGUGCCGGGGCAGUGGAAUAUCAGUGGAGAACCCUGCAGUGGAUAUGCCAUCAACGGCACCGACAUUUAUAGCGCCGAUAUCAACCCAGGCAUCGUUUGCAACUGUUCUUACGACAAUAAUGCUACAUGCCACAUUACCCAACUGCAAGUGUAUGCUCUUAACAAACGAGGGGUGUUUCCAAAAGAAUUUGUGGCUCUGAGAUAUCUCACAUAUUUGACUAUCAGUAAGAAUUAUUUCACCGGUCCCCUACCGGCAUUCAUUGGCAAUAUGUCUGCAUUGACUGAAUUGUAUAUUCAAUUCAAUUCAUUCUCUGGGCCCAUCCCCAAGGAGCUUGGAAACCUUAAGGAGCUAACUGUGCUGAACAUCGGAUCAAAUAAUUUCUCCGGAACACUCCCUCCAGAACUUGGUAAUUUAGUCAAGCUCAAGGAACUGAGGAUCAAUCAGAAUUAUUUCACCGGUCCCCUACCGGCAUUCAUUGGCAAUAUGUCUGCAUUGACUGGAUUGUAUAUUCAAUUCAAUCCAUUCUCUGGGCCCAUCCCCAAGGAGCUUGGAAACCUUAAGGAGCUAACUGUGCUGGACAUCGGAGCAAAUAAUUUCUCCGGAACACUCCCUCCAGAACUUGGUAAUUUAGUCAAGCUCGAGCAACUCUGGGCAUCGGACAAUCCUUUCUCAGGAAAGAUACCUGAUUUCAUAGGGAAUUGGACACAACUCACUUCUUUGAGAUUUCGAGGGAACUCUUUCGAAGGCCCAAUACCAACCAGCUUUUCUCAACUGAUCUCAUUGAAGUAUCUGCGAAUCGGUGAUAUAUACAAUGGGAGCUCUUCUCUGGAUUUCAUAAAAAAUAUGAAAAACUUGACUGAAUUAAACCUACGAAACACAUUAAUCACUGGUACCAUCCUAUCUGAUAUUGGAGAAUAUAAAAGUCUACAGACACUGGAUCUGAGUUUCAACAAUUUGACAGGCCAACUCCCAAGUUCUUUGUUCAACUUGAGUUCUCUUAAUUCCUUGUUUCUUGGAAACAAUAGUCUCUCCGGAUCUCUUCCGAGCCAAAAGAGCGAUGGACUUCAGACUAUAGAUUUGUCUUACAAUUUUUUAUCAGGAAGCUUUCCCGAGUGGGGGAACAAAACAUCGCAACUGAACUUAGUGGUCAACAACUUCACAUUUGACAGUUCAAACAUAACUCUUCCUGGAUUGAAUUGCCUCCAGAGAAAUUUUCCAUGCAAUCGAAAUACCCCACGAUCAAGCUUCUCAAUCAACUGUGGUGGACAGCAAAUGACGGGAAGUGACGGCAUAUUGUAUGAGAGUGAAUACUCAAAUCUUGGUCCAGCAACAUUCAGUGUAUCCAGUACAGAGAAUUGGGCUGUCAGCAAUGUCGGUUCGUUUUCUAACGAAGGUAACCCCCCCGCAUCGGUGCACAAGACCCUUGCACAAGUCACCGGAACAGAUGUGACCCCGGCGCUUUACCAGACUUCAAGAAUGUCCACAGGAUCACUGAGAUACCAUGGCCUGGGCCUUGUGAAUGGGCCCUACACUGUAACAUUGCACUUUGCAGAGACGGUUUAUGAAAGUUGGAAUUCGCAUACUUGGCAAAGUCUAGGACGGCGUGUAUUUGAUAUCUAUAUUCAGGGUACCCGCAGGAUGAAGGACUUUGACAUAUCGAAGGAGGCAGGUGGUGUUAACCGAGCAGUUGUGAGAAAAUUUAAUGUUAACGUGUCAGAGAAUUAUCUUGAAAUUCAUCUGUUCUGGGCUGGUAAAGGGGCUUGUUGCCCACUAAUAGCAGCUAUCCAUGCUACUUCAGAUUUUACAAAGAAGAAUUUUACAAAGAAGAGCAAGACUGGGUUGACAGUUGGUAUUGCAGUUCUUGUUGGAGUUGUGAGCUUGCUAUUAAUAUUUGCAAUUCUAUAUAUGAGGAGGAAAAAAUCAGAAAAAGAAGAUGAUGAAGAUAUUCUAGGAUUAGGCCCCCGGCCAUAUACUUUCAGUUAUGCUGAAUUGAGAGCUGCAACUGAAGAUUUUAAUCCUUCAAAUAAGCUAGGAGAGGGAGGAUAUGGCCCCGUUUAUAAGGGUACACUUUCUGAUGGUAGAGUAGUGGCUGUGAAGCAACUUUCAGUAUCAUCUCACCAAGGGAAGAGGCAAUUUGUAUCUGAAAUUGCUACCAUAUCUGCUGUGCAACAUCGAAAUUUAGUGAAAUUGUAUGGAUGCUGCAUUGAAAGCAGCCACCACAUUUUGGUUUAUGAGUAUCUUGAAAACAAGAGCCUUGAUCAGGCACUUUUUGGAACAAGUAACUUGCACCUUGACUGGCCUACUCGAUUCAAUAUAUUGUUGGGAACAGCAAGAGGACUUGCUUACCUUCAUGAGGAGUCAAGGCCAAGGGUUGUACAUCGAGAUGUCAAAGCUAGUAAUAUUUUGCUCGAUGCAGAACUCUCCCCAAAAAUAUCAGAUUUUGGAUUGGCAAAGCUUUAUGAUGACAAGAAAACCCACAUCAGCACUCAGGUUGCAGGGACAAUAGGCUAUUUGGCACCAGAGUAUGCAUUGUUUGGACAUUUGACAGAGAAGGCCGAUGUGUUUGGUUUUGGAGUCGUUGUUUUGGAGAUCCUCAGCGGAAGACCAAACUCUUACAAUAACUUGGAUCCAGAAAAGAUUUAUCUUCUUGAAUGGGUAUGGACUCUACAUGAAAACGACCAAACUCUGGGGCUGGUAGAUCCAAGAUUGACAGAGUUUGAUGAAACCGAAGCAACUAGAUUGAUAAGAGUAGCUCUCAUGUGCACACAGGGAUCACCGAUGGCACGGCCAUCUAUGUCACGCGUGGUUGCAAUGCUCUUUGGAGACAUUGACAUAGGCACUGUCAUAUUGAAGCCAAGCUAUUUGACAGAUUAUGAUUUUAAAGAUGUAACAACAUCGUUAACAAGUAGAUUUUUGGUGGAGGAUGAUACCCCAUCAACUUCAUCCAAGGGUAGUAAUGUUCGCCUCAACUAUCAGUCGGGAGGCAGCAAUGCAAGUGGUGUUUCUGUAAACGUCACUCAAAUCACUGCUAGCUAACAUUAGAGGAGAAGGAAGGUGAUAAAUAUUGAGAACGGAUUUUCACAUGCUCCUUUUACCCCUUUGUGCACCCUUGUACUUGUUUUGGACCCUUUCCUUUUAUAUAAUACACAUUUUAAUAAUUAAUUCUAAUUGUACUUUA